GCAGAGCUCUCAUUAACCCCGCCGCUCGCCCUGCGGCGACGCGAGCUGCCCCUCCCCACCGAGCGAACGGACGGGCCCCCGACGGCCCCCUCAGGGCGGAGAAGGACGAGGAGGAGGAGGAGGAGCAGAAGGGCGCGGCGAGCCGGGUGCCGGCCACCCAUGCACCACCACCGUGCCAAACUGUGACCGCGCGGGGCCCUGGCACGGCGGGGCACAAUGCGGACGCGGCCGCAAGAAGGCACUGCAGGAGGCCCAGCCCGGAGAGCCCACGCGCGAGGUGCCGCCGGGAAGGAACCGGGAGCCCCCCGAGGGCAGCACCUUCGCAGUGCCCGCGGGGAGCCACCGCGCAGCUGCCCUGACCUGGAUGCGCGUCUUAGCUGUACGCUUAGGUCGGGCAUGUCCUCCAGCGGGCGGAUUCUGGACGAAACGUGACCAAAAGUCAA